AUGGCGGAGGACAACAAGAAGAUUAACGGAAUGGCGGCGAUACCAACCAAGAACCUCCUGAGGACGUCAUCCGGGACAUACUUUCAAGGCUUCCGAUCAAUACUGAGGAUAACAUCUUCCUUUGGAAUUCUUCAACCAGAAGGCAUCAGAAGCUACCCAUUACACCUAGAGGCAUUCUCAACGCAUUCUACAUUGCCUAUUACGGAUUCGGUUACGAUCCCACCACCGAUGAUUACAAGCUGGUUAAGGGUUUUGUUGUCGUACAGUAAAGAUGACGACUCUUGGCUUUCGGAGGCGAAGCUCUACUCACUUAGCACCAACUCAUGGAGAAGGAUCGGGUACAUGCCUUUCCUCCCCAUCGGACCUCGACACCAAUGUGGGGUUCUUACAAAUUCUACUGUACAUUGGGUUGCAAAGCGCAAUACAGGAAUCAGGGGAAUCACUGGACUCGACACCGCUCCCAGUGUGAUCGUUUCCUUUGAACUUAAAGAUGAGAAGUAUCGAGAGGUUCCACCGCCCGACUUUGUGGACGAUAGGUUUUACCUGAUCAUUGGAGUUCUUCGGGGACAACUCUGCAUGUUCUGUGACUUAUUCCCGGACUGUGUUGAGUUGUGGGUGAUGAAGGAUUACAGUGUGAGGGACUCUUGGGCGAAACAGUUCUCGAUUGGGCAAUCGCUGAUAGGGCUUUUUACUAUAUCGGACCCAUAUGCUAUUCAAAGAAUGAUGAAGUUUUAUUCAAGAAAGCAUCAGGAGAGAUGUUCCUGUUUCUGUAUGAUCCCCGUAUAG